AUGAAAUUUGAUCCUCGGAAUCCUCUCAGUACUCAAGGAGGGCGAGCAAAACUUGUGGAUGUUUUGUUGGAAACAUCUAUGGGUGGCAGUACUCGUAUGACACAGACUGGCCCAGAAAAUCUCCCUCGACGGUAUCUACCUCCUGGCCGUUACACUGACCUGUUUAGGUUAUACACUGCUGAAUGCAUAGCUCACAGGAGGCCAAUGGCAAGUUCUACAACUUUUUUCCGGGUUCUUCGUGAGAGUGGCUGGAGACAGGUCCUUCGAUUCAGGGGGGCUAGUACCCAUGCUGAAUGCACAACAUGUCACGAACUCAAGGCCAAAAUGAGGCGCUGUCGGGACCUACAGCAGCAUGCCAAGGCAUGUGACAAAUACAUGCGUCACUUGGCAGGAACUUUUUGCGAUCGCCAAUGCUACUGGCAGUUCAGGGAGCGCUCUGCUGUGAUCAAAGAUAUACUAUGUUGUAUAAUAGAUGGCAUGGAUAAGUCAAAGUUCCUUCUACCACGAUAUUGUUUUGCAACCACCCCCAAAGCAUUGGAGACUCGGACAAGACCAGCUUGCGAGUUGUCAGCGGUUCUGGCGCACGGUUGGGGCGUGUUUGUUUUUGUUACUGAUUCUGAGCAAUCUACUGGCACAGAUUGGGCAUGCGAAAUUCUGGUGCCCGGGGUUGCUGUGUAUUUGGAUGAUGACCGGAAAACAACUUUGAUGGAAAUAGCAUCUUACUUGGAGAAGAACUACACAGGAUAUGGGAGGGGCAUACUCUACCUUCGACAGUUGGCUGGUACUGUGGCAAAGCCCCGGGUUCCAGCUCCAUCAUUGCAGUUCUUGUUACAAGGGCCCUGUGUUGGAAGGCAACAGGGAGUCAUCCAUUUCGAUACGCCGACACCGCACGUCAUGCACACCAUGCGCGUUGAUGGUGAAGAUGGCCCCGGCCCCAGCCAAGCCACGUCUCCUCCAUCAGUGAAGCAGCGCCUUGUGAGCUUGAUGGAAGAGGUGACAGCGUCAAUGAAUAUGGGCAAGUGGCUUUGGGACCGCUAUGGUUCAGCAGAAGGCAAGUUUGAUGGAUUGGGUCGCUACCCCAGCACAUUGCAGUUCCGAGCCCAUUUCCCGUCCAUUGUGAAUUCCAAUUACCAGAGCGAAAAGGAGGCCUUGGAAGUCAAAUUCACAAAGGGCAUUGAUGAAGAGACCCUGAACAAUGAUCCGGAUGCUUGCAAGUUGAUCGCCAGUUUGAAGUACUUGAGGGCCAACUACCGCAAAUUUGAUUUACCAGAACAUUACCUCUACGAGACCUUGAGCUUGGCCAACCGAACCGCUGAGAAGGUGAAACCAUCAGCUUUGGAUAUCACUCUGCUUUUUCGGGAGGCUGUGAGGGUGAAGCGGCUUUCUACUCCAGGUGUAUCUGUUCGGGACCUUCUGAACUCUGUCGUGUCUGAAUACAACCGAAGCAUUACCACCAAGGCAUGGCAGGUGAAGCAAGGGCUUCGCAAGGCUAUCUACAACUUGCUGCAGGCACCUGAUGCCUUGAUUGGCAUCAUGAAAGCCAUGUAUGAGAACUACAAGCCUAGAGAUGCCGCUCAGCUUCAAGAGUUGAUGGAGAUGGCCUGCUUGUUCUCUUGGCUCUUUCCUAAGAUGGAGGUCUUGCUUGGCAAGGGCAAGGUUCUGGAUGGCAUACUGACUAUGUGGGAGAUGGGGGCAUUGGACAGCGAACUGCGCACUCACAUGAAAGCCAAUGAUGCGUCCUUUGACUACAAGAAGUUGAGCUUCUUGAUGGAAGCUUCAGGAGUCAUUCAAGAAGAACAUGUGUUGACUGCCCAAAGCAGUGUGGCGAAUGCGCGGAAACAAUCCCUUGCUGCCGCGUAUCAGCUGUUCCAGACCAAUCUGGAGAACGACCAGGUUCAGCAUGAAAAGUUCCUGGCCAGUGCUGAGGCGAAUGCGAGCCGCACCAAGACCAUCAUGAUCCAGUCUCUAGAGGAGGAUCCUGACAACCUCCCAACCAUUGCGGCCAAGCUUGAACCAUGGCUCCAGAGCACUUUGACUGGCUUUGGAAGUGGCAUCCGCCGCCCUGAGCGCGAAAGGCUCAUUGGUUGGGUCAACUUCGUCUCUUGUGGGGUGGUCUCUGGAAAACGUUUGAUGUUUGCCCUGGAGCAUGAGAAGGCAGAGAAUGCUGACGGAAAGGAAGAGCCAGAAGAAGGAGAUGAUGAGGACCCGGAUGCAACAGAUGAGGAGGAGAAAGGUGCCACUGAUGCGGAGCGGAUCUUGAGAGACUAUCGCUACAAGUUGCAGUGUCAGCUUAUGGCUGCCGACCGAAACCUCAAGGUGAAGAAUUGCAGCGCCAUCUUCGAGGACACCACCGUGUAUGGUUCUCGGGAAGGGGCCUACCCAUGCCUUCUGGUGACAGCGGCCGACAAGAACAACAUCUACCACAAAUCACGAGCUUGGAAGCAUGCAGUUGUAAAGGGGAUCUCGAUGCUACCCAGGGGUGAAAUGCUGAAGGUUGACAAGGUUGAUAGCUUCUUUGCUGCCAACGACCGCUUCACACCAGUCCAAGAACUCAAACAGCAUUGUGCUGGAGCAAGCUUCGUCGAGAAGUUCGUGGAGAGCCUGGCACCAACGGGCAACACAGUGGUGGUUGACAUGUUUGGGUACGAUGCCUGGCCUGCCUCACAUUGCCUGCAAAGGGUGGUGCAAGGACAGCAGGUGUGCUGUGCGACGGUGUGCCACACCAAAAAGGAGGGUGAGUACGUUGCUGCAGCCAUCGCCAACAAAGUCUACAGCUUGGCCCGGGAAGGCCGUCUAUCUUUGGCUGGAUUUCCCCAGUUCAGCUCUUGCACGGAUGACCUUCAGAAACUCCAAUCCAUGGACCCACCAGCUUAUGAAGUUUGUGUAGGUCUCCCAGAUGGAACUUUGGUGGUGAAAGAGACUUUGGUUCAAUAUUGGUGUGUCACCAACCCAGACUUCGAAGCUGACACAAAGGAGUUGAUCACCAAACACAACGCCCGGUGGAACAAGAACAACUUGAAGCGAUGCCUUGAGGGAGAAGAUGGUGCACAGCCAGGUCAGCCUGCCAAGCGUUUGAAGGUUGACACCACGAAACCGAGUGACCACGAAGACCAGAUGGAAGACAGGAUUACUUUGUCCUGUGGGAAUUUCAAGCUCAUCUGUGAUCGCAAAGCGAAUGAAUUGUGGGCCCCAGAUCAUGUGAAGAGCGCAGAUUUCUACAACAAGGUCACUACUUUGGCGGAUGUCAUGUCAAGUCUGCAACAGCUGGGUGAGGUCAACGUCAAGCUGUCCAUGCAUGAUUCUGGGAAGACCGAUGAUGGGGGGAUUCAAUUUACCCAGAUCGAACCGGUGUGCUUUGUGCUGGAUGCCUUGAAAGAGAAGCGUAAGAAGACCACUGGCAGCGCUACAACAUUCGGUGCCAAGCUGAGCCUUGCCAAGCUGCGCAGCUCCAAGAACUUGGAAGUUGUCUGGCGGCUGAGGCUACAAGUUGGAGCAACUGAUGGAUCCGUUUCGGGGACUACUGAGCUUGUGCCGGUGCGACCUGUGACUACUCUCGCAGCCGAUUUGGAGAUGAAGGUUUGGGCCAUUCAGCCCCGCAUGUCUUCAUCUGAUGUCGAAGAGGUGGAACCCUCCCAGAGUUUCACAGUGAGCAAGGCGUUUGAUGUGAAAGACUAUGCCAAGUACAUGAGCACCCCUGUUGCUUCCCAGAACACAGGGCAAUCCAGUUCAUCCAUUGGAGCCCCUUCAGGAUGUUCUGGCCUUCAACGUGUAGAGCUGAAGUCUUCGGAAUCCCCGUCUGGUUCUGACAAGACCCAGGAUGAGAAAGGAACGAAGAAGAAGAAGAAGGACAAAGAUGAUAAGAACAGAGCUGACAAAGAUACCAAACGUAGGAGAAAAGAAGACAAGGAGAAAGAUGAGAAGAAAGACUCCAAGAAGGACAAGAAGAAGGUCGAUGCUGAACAGGAACUAGUUUCUUUGUUUGGGCCCAAUGGACCUGAAGAUGAUGAAGAAGGAGACCCCCCAGUAGAUUCUGAUGAGCAACCUGUUCGCAAGAAACCAGCUGGAAAGAGCCGAGACAGCAAGGCAAAGCCCAGCAAGAAAGAUAAGACUGACAAGAAGACAAAGAAGAGCACCAGAAAGGGCAACAAGCGUAAUGAUGGUGAUUUCGCAGUGGAAUCCUCUGAGGAAAAUUGCCGUGAUGAUGAUGAUGAGGUUGCUGAUACCCAGAUCGACAGCCCUGAUCGCCCGACCCUUCGCCGUAUGACACCUCUGGAUGAGGACUUGCUCAAGAGCAUCGAGAUGGCAGAUGCAGCCGAGGCUCUCGCAAUGAAGCGCAAAUGCCAGGAGAAGAUGGUGGAUGCUUCCCCGGGCUACUCUAUGGGGGCCAACUCGGACGCUCCUUUGUAUGAGUCCUUGAGUCCCAAUGCCCAGACCCGCUACACAGAUGGGAUCAGUGUCAUUGCUGAUGUCUAUGGGGAUGUGUUCCACAAUGGCAUCACGGGUUGCAGUGGCAAUGACUUACCUCCCGAUGGCCUUCCUUACUUUCCCACGGGUUGUCCGUCUGAUGAGGAGCUAUCCCCAAAGAGUCUUGCUACUAAGGAUGCUGUGGGCGAAAUCCAGACAAUUGAGGAUACCUACAGUCCCGCUUUCAAGUGCGAAGUCUUCCCGGAUAGGCAACUUGAGUCAUUUGAGAUGGAAAAGUCCCCAGCGUGCCCAAGGAAGGAAGGUGAGUUCGGGACCCCCGGGGCCAUGACGGUCUCUGAUGGGGAACCUGAGAUUCCGGUGCAGCCUGAGUCUGAUAAGUAUUUUGGCCGAGUCAAAGCCAAAAGCGAAGCCUACCCCAAAGGCAAAGUGCAAAGGAAAGAUUGCGAAGCCCAAGGCUUGUUCAUCCAAGUCGAAGGCAAAGGCCGCGGGGAAGCCAAAGGCCGCGGCGAAGCCAAAGGCGUCUUCAAGGACUUCGCGACAAAGUGCACCAUCGACCAGGGCAUUGAAACAGGAGCUACGAAGGAGGAAGUGAAGAAAGUGCGAGAUUCCCUUCGAAUGAUGGAUAGGCCUGCACAAGUCCAUUGCGAUGGCUUGGCCAUCAAAAGCUUCGUUACCCACAUCAAAGGCAAGUUGUAUGCUGCUAGCAAGAAACGGGAUGCUGUCGUGGAUGAGCUGUUUGCCCACUUCCGAAGCUACUGGCCGCGUGAUGGAUCCUCAUCUUCGUCGCUUGGUGCUGCUGGCCCAGCUGCGCCAGCCGCGCCAGCCGAAGGUGAUGGCAGUGACGAGGAGGAGGAGGACCAGGAGUCUGAGUCUUUGGAUGAGCAGGACCCAGUACCUGCUGUGGAAUCGGAUGGGUAUGAUGUGGAGUUGGCUGCUGCCCUGGGUGUCCCCAAAGUAGUGGUAGAGAACCUGUCGCCUAAGAAACCGUCGCCUGAGAAGUCUGAGAAGCAAGACCCACCUGUGGCAACACUCACAGAGUCAGAGCAAAGGUGCUUGCUGGAGAAAGUCCGCAACAAGAAGGCAGAGGAGGCGAAGACCGAGUCUUUGCAGGCUUCAGGUGGAGGCCUUGCAGGUUUGGGCUCGCAAUCUGACCAGCAACAGACCCUGGCCAUGGAUUUGUCCCCGAUUGCCAACACCUUCUUUGGGCCUGGUGCUGCGCAAGCAGAGAAGGCGAAGGUGUUCACCCGACCCAAAGAGGAUGAUGAGGAAUCUUUGUUGCGCGCCCGGACUCGGAGGCUUGAUUCCUUUGCGGAUGAUGGGGGUGAGGUUCGUGAAGAAGGUGAAGGUUUGGGCGGUGGAGUUCCCAAAGUGUUGGAGGGGCCCAAGGCUCCUGGUGGGGAUGACGGCCAUGAUUUGCAGCCUCGCAAGUUGGAGUCCGUUUUUGAUCAGGUGGACCUCACUCGCCUUGACCAGCAGUCUUGGAAACGUGAGUUGGAGGAGGAGGCCAAGGCCAAAAAGGCCGAAGGGGGGAAUGGUGGUGAUGAAUCUGAUCCACCCAAGCGCAAGGGUAAAAAACUUGGACGGCCAAAAGCGAAAGCCACUCCCAAGCGUGCAGCCAAGUGCAAGCCCAAGGGCAAGGCCACCAAGACUUCUGAUCAGCCUGGUGGUGAAUCGGGUGAAGUUCCUGCCAAAGUUCCCAAGCGUCGUGUUGCAAAGGCAAAGGAGUCCAAGUGUGUGAGCGAGGUGCCCAAGCCGUGCAAGAGGGCAAAGGUGCUGCCGUCUGCUGCUUCUGAAGAUCUCGCCACCCCUCCUCCUUCGAGGGCCGACUGUGGAACGGGAGCAGCUUCCUCUGAGAAGGGUGAUCCCCCGGCAAAGGCAAAGAAGACUUUUGCCAGACGCUACAGGCCGACGAGUGCUGAUGGGGCCCGUCUUUGGGAUGCUAUCCGUGCAGCCUUCGUUGCCAUUGUGGCGGCGCGUGUGAAGGCUACCUUCUGGACCUACGUGACCAACACCUUUGGUGAUGCUGGCGUUGACAUUCAGAAACUGUCGGACAAGGAUCUUUUCAGUCGUGCUGACGAAGCAGCCAACCUCUUUGUAGUUCAGCAGACCUGCUAA